AUGGGUCGCGGGAAGAUCGAGAUCAAGCGGAUCGAGAACGCCACGAACCGGCAGGUGACCUUCUCCAAGCGCCGGGGCGGGCUGCUCAAGAAGGCCAACGAGCUCGCCGUGCUCUGCGACGCGCGCGUCGGCGUCGUCAUCUUCUCCAGCACCGGCAGGAUGUUCGAGUACUCCAGCCCCGCCUCCAGCUUGAGGGAUCUCAUUGAGCAGUACCAGAACGCCACCAACAGUCAGUUCGAGGAGAUUAACCACGAUCAGCAAAUAUUUGUGGAGAUGACACGGAUGAGGAACGAGAUGGAGAAGCUGGAUGGCGCCAUCCGGAGGUACACGGGCGACGACCUCUCCUCCCUCUCCCUCGCCGACGUCAACGACAUCGAGCAGCAGCUCGAGUUCUCCGUCGCCAAAGUCCGUGCAAGAAAGCAUCAGCUCCUGAACCAGCAGCUCGACAACUUACGUCGCAAGGAGCAUAUCUUGGAAGAUCAGAACAGUUUUCUGUGCCGCAUGAUCAGCGAGAACCAGCAUGGUGGUGACGGGAAGAUGGCGGUGAUGCCGCCGGUGCUGUCGAUGCUGACGCCGGCCUUCCCGGCGACGCCGUACUACACGGGCGAGGAGUCGUCGAGCACCGCGCUGCAGUUGACGUCCCCGCAGCUUCAGCUCCACGCCGCCGAAGCCGCCGGGUUCCGGCUGCAGCCGACGCAGCCCAACCUGCAAGACCCGGCGUGCAGCAGCCUCCACGCCGGCCACGGCCUCCACCUCUGGUAA